CAAAACCUUAAAACCAACUGUUGUGGAUUUUUUAAUAGUAAUAAUGAUUAUAAAGUGUUUAAAAAUGAAGUUGAAGCUUUGCAUUUCACUUUUAAUAAAAAAAAAAUAGAAUUAGCAAUAGAAUCUGUUAAGCAAGCUGCAAAAAAAGCAUACAAAUGUUGGCAUCUUCAUAGACCUGAAAUUGAAUCCUUUCUAUAUCCAGCUUUAAUAAUACCAGCUACCGAUCCAGAAUUUUACAAGGUAUUCCUUGAAGCUGAAGAUGCAUUUCAUAAACUUCCAAAUGAUGCCUCUAUGCAAACAGAAUUUAUUGACCAUAUAUGCCAAACAAUUACAAAACCACUUUCAGAACCUCUAAAGGUUCCAAAGACAGCAGUACCAAAAAGUCAUCUAUCAGGAGUAAAGCAUGAAAAACUUAAAAGCAAAAAACAAGAAUUAGAGGCAAAAAAAAGCAAAAAUUGUUGA